AUGGCCAACAUCGCCAUCUUACUGUCCAAGCGAGCUCCUAUCGGUCGUCGACCGUGCGGUAUUCGUUUCUUUGAGCCCAGUUUCCGUCCACUCAAUGGAAAAUGCUCACUCAACUUCCCUGUGGAAGUCUUCCGCAAGCCCUUACUCAACUCCACCGUGGUGGCUGGCAGUGUCAUUUUAUCAAAACCUCUCCAGGGCAUUCUUCAAUUCGCCCGAACAAGGGCUUUGAACGCGACUCACAGAGACGGUCUCCGGCCCAACCGCGGCAGCUCUUCCGGAUGGGGUAGACCUCCACCUCGUCGGGAUUGGCUUGGCUCGCUAGACAGCAAUGUCAUAUUCUACGGCAUAAUCGCCAUCAAUGUUGGUGUAUACCUUGCGUGGCAGAGUGCCAUCUCUAGCUAUCGGGUGAUGGGUGAUGCAACCCCGUUGAUGUUUCUGAGGAAUAAUUUCCUUGUAGACAUACGCAACAUAUCCGCGGGGCGUAUCUGGACACUUCUCACUGCCUGUUUCUCGCACAAGGAUACCUCACAUGCGUUAUUUAAUGGGUUGACCUUUUACUUCAUGGCACCGGCGGUCAUGCGGCUGUUAGGGAACAAACGAUUCCUUGUCCUUUACUUCCUGGGUGGCAUAUCUUCAAGCUUCGCUAGUUUAGCGUGGAAUACCUUCGUUAGACAUGAACCCGUCUCCUCUCAUGGUGCAAGUGGUGCAAUUAUGGCUACCCUUGCGUUGUAUGCAUGUGCAUUCCCUAACAACACCUUUUUAAUUUUCUUCGUCAUCCCCUGCCCGGCGUGGGUGUUCCUUCCUGGUAUCCUUCUUUACGAUGGAUGGCGCAGUAUUUCGGACAAGCGCACUACGACGGAUUCGGCUGGGCACGUCGGUGGGUUGCUUACGGGCAUUGGGUACUACGUCUGGAGAUUUGCCCUUCGGCGAUGA